UUCCUCUCCUCAGACCCUCACACCUCCAUAAACACUCUCUCUCCUUCCUUUCUUCUCAGAUCAUAACGGGAGUGGGUUUUUAGCGUUGAGUUUGGCAGUCAAGAGAGAGAAAAUCAAGAAAAAAAUGGCAGCGGGUACUGCAUUUUACAUUGCAGCUCUACUCAUGUCUUUAAUGUGGAUGGCUGAAGCUAGAAUUCCAGGCGUUUACAACGGCGGUGCUUGGCAGAAUGCGCAUGCUACUUUCUAUGGUGGCGCUGAUGCCUCCGGCACCAUGGGUGGGGCAUGUGGGUAUGGUAACCUUUACAGCCAAGGCUAUGGAGUGAACACUGCAGCACUGAGCACAGCUCUGUUCAACAAUGGACUGAGUUGCGGUGCUUGCUUUGAAAUCAAGUGCGCAAACGACCCAAAAUGGUGUCACGCAGGCAGCCCUUCCAUUUUCAUUACCGCUACAAAUUUUUGCCCACCAAAUUUUGCUCUUCCUAAUGACAAUGGUGGGUGGUGCAACCCUCCUCGCCCCCACUUCGACCUCGCCAUGCCCAUGUUCCUCAAGAUCGCCGAGUACCGCGCCGGCAUUGUCCCUGUGGCCUACCGCCGGGUGCCAUGCCGGAAGAAAGGCGGAAUCAGGUUCACAAUCAACGGUUUCCGUUACUUCAAUUUGGUAUUGAUCUCCAACGUCGCAGGUGCAGGGGAUAUCGUGAAGGUUAGCGUGAAGGGUUCCAGGACCGGGUGGAUGAGCAUGAGCCGUAACUGGGGUCAAAACUGGCAAUCAAAUGCAGUUUUGGUUGGUCAGUCACUCUCCUUUAGGCUCACAGGCAGUGACAGACGCACUUCCACUUCAUGGAACAUAGUCCCAAACAACUGGCAAUUUGGUCAAACGUUCACAGGGAAGAAUUUCAGAGUCUGAUUUAAUUUAAAUAUUAACCAAAACCCAAAACCCAAAAAAAAGGUUCAAGUUUCCGGCCGUAAUCUAUUUCCAUUCUUACCAUUUUGGUUAUUUUCUUUUUUUCAAAAAGCAAAGCUUAUUUGACGCAGGUUAUCGGUAAUUGGCAUUAUUAGGGGGUGGGACCGAAAAAAAAAAAGAGUGAAAAUGGAUUAUUUUUGAGAUUGUGAAUGGUGGGUAUGCUAAGUUGUGAAGUUUAGGGUUGAGGCUGAAGUGGCCAAACAAAAAUUGUUAGCCCGCAGCCCUUAGCAAGUCCUUCUUAUUUUCUUUAUGUAGUGUAUGAUGGUGAUGGGCACACAUUUGCAUUUGUAGUAAUUUAGUUGAGUUUGCAAGAUUUAUUUGGUUGCCUUCUA